GUGUUUUAGAGCGAUUGAAGUGUCCGUGCUGCAGGAAGAGAUCGCUACAGUUUGUGCUCUUCGCUGUAACGUCUUAAAUCACCGGCUUGCAAUUCGAGACCGUUUAUUUCUUUUAUAUCCUAUAGCGUGUAGUGUAAGGGUUUCCCUUGAGUUAAACCUGAGAGCGUUAGUUAUUAGCAUAUUAAGCUAAGUUACGGCCUAGCUUGCAAGGUUGACAUCGCCGUUUGUUGUUAUUGCACGUGAGUUGCGAGAAGCUGAAAGAGUCGACAAAUAUAAUUUAUUAAAAAUAAAGGGGAUCGCAGAUUUGUACUAUGGGCUUGCUGUCACAGGGCUCACCACUCGACUGGGAACAGACCAAGAAACAUGCCGACCACGUUAGGAAGCACGGCAUUCUUCAGUUCCUCAACAUUUACAAUAAAGUGAAGGACCGACAGAAGGAUGUGCUCAAAUGGGGAGACGAGGUGGAGUUCAUGUUGGCGGAAAUGGAUGACAAAAAUGAAAAGGUGCAACUGGUUUUGAAUGGGAAGGAUGUUUUGGAAACCCUUCAAGAAAAAGGUGAAAACAUCAAUCCAAAUCAUCCCACAUUAUGGAGACCUGAAUAUGGGAGUUACAUGAUCGAAGGAACCCCUGGACAGCCGUAUGGAGGGACCAUGUCAGAGUUUAACACAGUCGAAGACAACAUGGGCAAGCGGAGGAGAGAGGCCUCAUCUGUGCUGAAUAAGGACGAAACUCUCCUCACGAUCACAUCAUUCCCCAGGUUGGGCUGUCCAGGCUUCACAAAGCCAGAAUACAAACCAACUCCUGUUGAGAAAGGAGUGUCCAAAUCACUUUUCUUUCCCGAUGAAGCUAUCAACAGCCACCCUAGAUUCAGCACGCUGACUAGAAACAUACGCCACAGGAGAGGAGAGAAAGUGGUAAUAAAUGUACCGAUUUUCAAAGAUAAAAACACACCCUCCCCAUUUGUGGAGGUGUUUCCAGAAGAUGAUGGAGAGGCUGCCAGGGCUGCUCUGCCAAAUCACAUCUACAUGGAUGCCAUGGGCUUUGGCAUGGGAAACUGUUGUCUGCAGGUGACUUUCCAGGCUUGCAGUAUCAAUGAGGCGCGAUACCUUUACGACCAGCUGGCUACAUUCUGCCCCAUAGUGAUGGCUCUCAGUGCCGCCUCACCUUUCUAUCGUGGCUACGUAUCAGACAAUGACUGCCGUUGGGGUGUGAUAUCUGCAUCUGUUGAUGACAGAACUCGGGAGGAGAGGGGUCUGGAGCCUUUGAAAAACAACAAAUUACGAAUCCAUAAGUCGAGAUAUGAUUCGAUUGACAGCUACCUCUCCUGCUGUGGGGAGAAAUACAAUGAUAUUGAGCUGACAAAAGAUGAAGAUAUCUAUAAACAGCUUCUUGAUGCAGGCAUUGACAAACUACUGGCACAGCACAUCGCACAUCUCUUUAUUCGAGAUCCGCUUUCACUCUUCCAGGAGAAGAUUCAUUUGGAUGAUGAGAAUGAAUCCGAUCACUUUGAGAAUAUUCAGUCAACAAACUGGCAGACGAUGAGGUUCAAGCCUCCGCCUCCAAAUUCUGACAUAGGAUGGAGAGUAGAGUUUCGUCCGAUGGAGGUCCAGCUGACAGAUUUUGAGAAUUCUGCUUAUGUAGUUUUUAUUGUUCUUCUGACUCGUGUGAUCCUGUCCUAUAAAUUGGAUUUCCUCAUUCCAUUAUCAAAGGUUGAUGAAAACAUGAAAGUAGCACAGAAGCGAAAUGCUCUGCAAGAGGGCAUGUUUUAUUUUCGGAAAGAUGUCUUUAAAGGCUGCAACACAGUGUUAGACCCACCAUCCACAGCUCAGAAUGGAGUAGAGAGUGAAGUUAAUGACGGAGAAGAUUUCACCCUCAUGAGUAUCGACACCAUCGUGAAUGGAAAGGAAGGGGAAUUUCAGGGGCUGAUCCCAAUGUUAAACUGCUACCUCGAGAACAUGGAGGUGGAUGUAGACACACGCUGCACCAUCCUCAACUACCUGAAACUCAUUAAAAAGCGUGCUUCUGGUGAACUGAUGACUAUGGCUAAAUGGAUGAGGGUGUUUGUUGCCAAACAUCCGGAUUACAAGCAGGACAGUAUCAUUACAGACAAAAUAAACUACGACCUCCUACGCAAGUGUGACCGAAUUGCAAAGGGGGAAGAAAAAUGUCCAGAGCUGAUUGGAGACCCAGUGUACAGAGGAAAAUAAAGCCCACUCAAAACAAAGAGAAACGCCAUUUAAGAAAGCAUUUUGACAGAAGACCAAAUAUGGGACGAGGUGUUCCAGAGACAAAAAUGUUUAAAAGAGAAUAUUUUAAGAAGCAUGUUUUAAUCCUGAGAUCAACCAAAUCUUUGUUGAAUUUGUAAAUAUGAUACUUUUAUGAUUGGUAAAAUAUUUUAAUUGGUUACAAGGACCCAUGAAGUAAUUGAAGUUGGCUGUGUACAUAUUUCACCCAGCGCUUGGUUUGUGUAUGUGAAUGUAGCAUGGUUGAAAUGUAAAUAUUUCAUCAAACAUUAAUAAGUGUACUUUUUUAUUCCAGACAAAACUGUUUUAUUGCUCUGUUGAUUAUUUUUUCUGCUGGCAUUUAAUUGAUUAAAUAUUGUGCCAAGAAUUAAUUAAGAUGCACAAAUUUGGCACUGAAAUUUGAUGUAAGUUUGAAUGCAGCACUGACUAAAGUGACGUAGAAUAAUAUAUGGAAAACAUAGAAAACCUUUGUGGUGUGCAGUACUUUUUUUUCACUAACAGGUGUUGAAUAUGGAAACUCCUUUUAAUGAUAAACCCACUUUAAGGUAAACAUGAAUUCACCUCUAGAGGAGGCUGAAGACCUUUAUUAAAAUAAUGGAAAGUUUAAAAUGGUAAAGAAUUUGAUUAAUUUAACAUCUUUUGUCUGUACAUGGCUUCAAAUAAAGUGAUUUCUCUUUGCAUCA